AUGAGGCUGUCGAUCCUCGUACUUCUAGGAGUUCAUGCAGUGGCUCAAGUGCGUGUUAUAAAACCUGAGGAGUUGGUACAGAAGAUCGAUGAACCAUGGGUCGCUAAGCAUGUUCAAAAUAACGGCUUUUUGCUGGGAGCAACGGCAACGUUUGGAACGCCACAUUAUGGCCAGCGACAACGAGGUCGACUGGUAUUUGCCGAGUCCAAAUCGAAUCACUGCCAAAACGAUUAUGAUGUUGACGGCCAGGAGUUCAACUCGAAAGAUGAAAAAGUGGGGGAGGCGGCUUCUGUGGAAGGAUCUAAUACGCCAAUGAACAUAGUUGUCGUGGAGAGGGGAACCUGUACGUUUGUAUCUAAAGUGAGGGUAGCUGAGGCUAAGAAGAACGCAGCAGCGGUGCUGAUAUUACAGUCCUACGAAAAGAGAGAUCAGGAUAUCACAAAUGUGGUCCCUGCUGAUGAUGGUUACGGUUCACGAGUUAACGUACCGACCAUUCUACUAAGUUGGGCAGAUUCGGAACUGUUACGGGGUUGGCUCGAUCGAUUUAACAAAGACAACAGCAAGGCGACUGACGUCAGAAUGCAUAAAUACGUUCUGGUUGAGCUAUCGUGGAACCUCCCAGUUCAACAUGUUGUUGUAUUUGACUGGUGGACUAGUGCAGGGAGACAGGACAGUUACAAGCUGUUUCACGAUCUGGCACCGUUUUUUCGAGAGAUGAAGGGCCGAAUUAACAUCAGACCGCACUACAACGUGUUUUCCCUGGACUAUAAGGCUUAUGAGGAUAUGUGUCUGUCAGUGGACGAGCACACAUACUGUUCGGAUGACGUUGAGAGUAACAGUCAGUUGACCGGCCGUAUGGUCGUGAACGAAGACCUACGGCAACUAUGCAUCCGUGAGCUCACUGCGGAGGCGCUUUCAGCGGGUGAUGCUCUUGGGACGUUCAAGCACUCAGAUGCGUAUAUCGAUUAUAAGGAUAUUUAUCUCAGAGAAUGCCCGGCGUCGAUGGCCCAUGAUGCAUGGAAAAACACAGCAGAUGAUAGGAAAUUUGGUGACGCUUGUGCUGAGAGGGUUAUGAAGCAGUUGAGGAUCGAUGUUGCAUCCAUUGAUAAGUGCAUGAAAGAUGAUGUUACGAAACGGAGUAUUCUCAAUGCACAAGUGCAGACGAAGGCGUGGAGUCCUUCCGCAGUUAGAAUCAACGGAUGGAGAUAUGCUGGAGAUUUGGAUGCGGAUCCGAUUCGGAAGGCGAUAUGCUCAGCUUUCACGGACCCUCCGUCGGCAUGCUCGAAAUACGAAGCUCCUGAUAUAAUUUACGAGGGUGGCGUGACAUUUGGUACGGUCGUGCUGAUUCUACUAGGCAUUCUGGCGGGCCUCGGAAUUGGUAUGCUCAUCUAUAAGAAGUUUAUAACACGAUCUUUGCAAGCACAGUUGAGGGAAGAAGUGAUGUUAGAAGUGAAGUCCCAGAUGGCCGAGUACACUCCUUUAACAAACCAUUGAAAAUUCUGAUUUUUUUGAUAUAUACUACAGGGGAUGUUACCUUGGUAGUUGCUGACAAUUGCCGACUCCAUCUCAAC